AUCCUCUCAACUUGAUAGAAUAUCUAUACUAACAUAGGGAUAUCGCUAUUUAAUAGUGAUGAUCAUAUAACUUUUUUUUCUUCUUCAAAUUCCGAUCAGAAAGAGAGAGAGAGAGAGAUCAAGAAAUGGCUAAUCUUGGUCUUAUGAUCACUCUAAUCACGGUUUUGAUUUGUUUAUCCUCAAGCUUCACCAAAUCAUCCAAAGGCAUUAAAAUUGAUUUACCUAAAUCCCUUAACCUCACCCUCUUAACCAAUCCUUCCACCAUCUCCGCCGCUUCUCAAGACUUCGGAAACAUCACCACCGUCACCCCCAGCGGCGUUAUCUGCCCCUCCUCCUCCUCCGAUAUAUCACGUCUCCUCCACUACGCCGCGAACGAAAAAACAACGUUCCAAGUGGCGGCUCGAGGCCAAGGCCACUCCUUAAACGGCCAAGCCUCGGUCUCGGGAGGAGUAGUCGUCAACAUGACAUGCCUCGCCGACGAUGUGGUGGUUUCGAAAGACAAGAAGUACGCUGACGUGGCGGCAGGGACGUUAUGGGUGGAUGUGCUGAAAAAGACGGCGGAGGAAGGUGUUUCGCCGGUUUCUUGGACGGAUUAUUUGCAUAUAAGCGUCGGAGGAACGCUUUCGAAUGGUGGGAUCGGUGGUCAAGUGUUUCGAAACGGUCCUCUUAUUAGUAACGUUCUUGAGUUGGACGUUAUAACUGGGAAAGGUGAAAUGUUGACAUGCUCGCCAAAGCUAAACUCAGAAUUGUUCUAUGGAGUGUUAGGAGGUUUGGGUCAAUUUGGGAUUAUAACGAGAGCCAGAAUUGUUUUGGACCAUGCACCUAAAAGGGCGAAAUGGUUUCGGAUGCUAUACAGUGACUUCACAGCUUUUACAAAGGAUCAAGAACGUUUGAUAUCAAUGGCUAAUGAUAUUGGAGUUGACUAUUUAGAAGGCCAAAUAUUUAUGUCCAACGGCGUCGUUGACACUUCUUUUUUCCCACCGUCCGAUCAAUCUAAAGUCACUGAUUUAGUGAAGAAGCAUGGUAUCAUCUACGUUCUCGAAACUGCCAAGUAUUAUGAUGACCCUAAUCUUCCCAUCAUCCGCGAGGUGGUUGACAAGCUUAAGCAAAGCCUAAGUUACUUGCCCGGGUUCAUAUCAAUGCACGACGUGUCCUAUUUCGAUUUCUUGAACCGUGUACAAGUCGAAGAAAACAAACUUAGAUCAUUGGGUUUAUGGGAAGUUCCUCAUCCGUGGCUUAACCUAUACGUUCCUAAAUCUCGGAUUCUUGAUUUUCAUAACGGUGUUGUCAAAGACAUUCUUCUUAAGCAAAAAACAGCUUCAGGACUCGCUCUCCUCUAUCCCACAAACCGGAAUAAAUGGGACAAUCGUAUGUCGGCGAUGAUACCAGAGAUCGAUGAAGAUGUUAUAUACGUUAUCGGACUACUACAAUCCGCUACUCCACAGACUUUGCCAGAAAUGGAGAGCGUUAACGCUAAGAUAAUUAGGUUUUGCAAGGAUUCAGGUAUUAAGAUUAAGCAAUAUCUAAUGCGUUACACUAGAAAGGAAGAUUGGAUUGAGCAUUUUGGAUCAAAAUGGAAUGAUUUCUCCAAGAGGAAAGAGCUAUUUGAUCCCAAGAAACUCUUGUCUCCAGGGCAAGACAUCUUUUGACUAAGUCUUAAUUCUCUAUUAGAAACAUAUAUACAGAUAUGCUUGUAGUCUCGUAGACUGUUUUAGUUAAUAAUCAAAGCUACAAAAAUUUCUCA